AUGGCACGCCUUCUGAGCAUCAACUGGACGGCGCCCGACUCGGAGGAUGCCAGCGCGGUGCUUCGUGUAACGGGAAUACACAACCCCCCGUUCUUCAUCGUUGGCUCCGACGGGGUCAGCAUCUCGGGCUACCUGUGUGACAUCUGGCGCCUGAUCUCGGACCGCCUGGGGCUGCGGUACCAGCUGAGCUCGUUCAACAGCUCCGACUACGGCACGCGCCUGGAGAACGGCAGCUGGACUGGCCUCAUCGGACAGGCCGCCAAUAACCGGGCGGACGUGCUCCUCUCGUGGUUCAUGCACGCGCCCGGCCGCGGCGAGGUGCUCGACUUCCUGGACGCCGCGCCCGUGGAACAGACCGAGUACGCCUUCUACCUGGCCGAGGACAGCAAGGCAGUCUCGGUCGAGUGGGCCUCGUUCGCGUCACUGCUGAAACCGCUGCACACUGCAUCGUGGGUCGUUCUCCUGUUCACACUGCUGGUCACGGCUGCUCUUCUCUGGUUCACGAUCCACUAUAACCACUCCUCGGCCGAGAGCAGGACCACUGUGCGUCAGUUCGGACUGGCCGACUGUCAGCUCGCUACAUUUAUGGCGCUCACCGGACAGGGGUGGUCGGUGGCGCCCGACUCGCUGGCAGCGCGCACGGUCUGA